AUGGUGGUAGCAAUGGGACACGAUGAGAUCGUGUCUCUGCUUCUUUGUCUGGUCCCGAUGUACACGGCAAUCGCAGAGGUCAAGGCAGAUAUGUCACUCCAGGACUCUUGCAUGAAGAUACGAGGAGGAAGUGGUGCAAGAUGGAAUAUGGCUCAUGAUGGUUUCCCUGUAGACGAGCUCCCUGAUGAGAGGAUCGCGUGGGUAAAGGAGGAGAUCAGCAGAGUGAAUGAGACGAUCGCCAGGGUUGGUGAACAGAUUGAAGCAAUUGAUGGAAAGAUAGAAGUGGCAGAGAGGAACUUCAUCUCUGACCCAAAUAUGCGAAGCUACUGGCAAGAGAAGAAGAAGCAGCUCCGAGAGGAGAAGAAGCAGCUUCGAGAGAAAAAAAAGCAGCUUCGAGAGGAGGAGAAGCAGCUUUUCAAGAAGCUUGACAAGCUAGAAGGGAAUGGAAUUCGUGUACUUCGAACAGAGUAUAUGUCAAAAUCGAAAGGUAUUGGGAAAACCUGCUUUGCGUACUUCUUGCUCCUUCAUAUUCUCCGGUCUAAUGAGCAAGUGGUCUAUCAGAUAGGAACUCAGUAUUGGUACUUCGACGGAAGGAAAUGGAAGAUCAUCAAGGACUGGGGCAACAUACCGAGGAACUUAAUCAUUGGACCUGAGGAGCUUCUCAAGGAGGCUGCUAUGGAGAUAGAUGGCUGUUCAGACCUAGAGAGAAAGAUCGUUGUGGCUUCCAACCAGGACCUGGGAACGCCAUCGAAGCUGAUUCACCUUUACCCCAAGUCGGACUAUAAGACCUUCACCGCUCGGAUAUGCUCAAACAGGGCUGAGAGGAUUAUCUUUGCACAGCUUGUCCGGCAUGACAGGGUUCAGUUUGUUGACUUGGCUUUCUCGCGUCCUGGUUUUGAAAAUACUCCUGGUUCAGCUUUUGAAUAUGUUGCACAUGAGGUGCUGAAGCGAGGAGGAAAGUUCAAACUUCACAGGCUGCAAACGGAUGGGGACGACGAGGCUGCAGUGAAAGAUCUGAUCCUGAAAGCAUCACAAACGUUCUACGAGUUCCCGAAAUCGUAUGGAGCGAUGAAGGAUAUGGUGAUCACUUACAACACAUACUGCAAGCCCAAGGCUCGAAACUUUCCGUGCAUGGAUGCCUUGUCCUUAUCGAAGAGCGGGGUACUGUACAUGUUCCAGAUGACAGGGGCGGGGAAGCAUCCGAUCAAGCUUGAACCUCUUUAUCAAAUCUUGAAGGCCUUGCGAGUCAAGAACACGAUUGAAAGCGUAUGCUUUGUGUUUGUUCUACCUGAACACCUGGAACGAAAGCGCUCCAGGAGACGAGCUCAAAGCUUCAAGUUUGAGGGGUCAAUACCAAAGGAGUUGGCAGAGUACAAUCUGACGCAGUAUGCGAUGGUCCUGUCGAAGAGAGUCGCAAUAAAAAGUUUAAAUAGAGGGAACUAG